AAUUUAAUCAGUUGCCAAAACCCUAAACCCCUUUUCUUCCCCCAAAACCUCUACCUGCUCUGUGAGAAAUAAUAUACCCACCCAUAAUAAUGUCAAAAGAACUAGUAAUCCGUAAUGAACAUGAAAACCCGUUAGCUAAAUUCACCGACAUCCAAAUUGACGAUGAAGAAUUUGAUGACGAAGAUGAUGACGAUGAAGAUGAAGAAGAAGAUGAACAAGAACAACCCCCCGUUACGUUAGGCUUCGUCGAAAAACCAGAACACGAAUGGUCCCUUUUUCGACAGCUGUUUCCGAGCAAAGCUGGAGGAACCCCUGCUUGGUUGGAUCCAAUUAACUUACCUUUGGGUGACUCGUGUUUGUGCGAAAUAUGUGGCGAGCCUCUUCGGUUCUUGCUUCAGGCUUAUGCACCUCUCACAGAUAAGGAUUCCGCGUUUCAUAGGACCUUAUUUGUAUUCAUGUGCCCAUCAAUGUCAUGCCUUCGACAAGACCAACACGAGCAAUGGAAACACCACCCAGAAAAAAGAUCUCGGAGUAUUAAGGUCUUUCGUUGUCAACUCCCCCGCAACAAUCAGUUUUACUCCAGUGAAGCUCCUAAGUACAAUGGCACCGACAAGCCUUUAGGAGCAGCAGCUCCGCUUUGUGGCUGGUGUGGUACGUGGAAAGGAGAUAAAGUUUGUGGUAACUGUAAAAAAGCACGUUACUGUUCCAAGAGGCACCAGGCAAUUCAUUGGAGUUCAGCUCAUAAAAGCGUGUGUAGAAGUAUAGACCUUACGCUCCCUUCAUCCAAUUCUGUUUCUACCAACUCUUCUGAGGAUCUACCAAAGGCUGCUAGCAAUGUUACCUGGCCAGAAUAUGAGAUAGUCAAUGAAGAUGAAUCUGAUUUUGACAUGGAAAUAUCUAAAAGUGAUGCAUAUGGAAAGGCAUUACCUACUCAAAAUGAGGAUGAAGGUGAUGCAAAGAGUUGGGCAUAUUUUCGCAAAAGAACGGCCCGUGCUCCAGAUCAAGUGUUAAGGUAUUCUAGGUAUGAAACUGCUAAGCCUUUGUGGCCCAUGUUGAGUGGCCGGCCAUCAAAUGUUGAUAUACCUAAAUGCACUUCCUGUGGCGGCCACCGAGUUUUUGAAUUCCAGAUUUUGCCACAGUUGCUUUACUACUUUGAUGUUAAAAAUGAUUCUAAUUCUCUUGAUUGGGCAACUAUUGUCGUGUAUACGUGUGAGGCGUCUUGUAAUGGAGGUUUGGCAUAUAAAGAAGAAUUUGCUUGGGUUCAACACCCUGUCUAAUCAAGAUGACUCUUUUUUUGUUUAACUUAUGCUUCUAAUGUGAUCAUAUAUAACUCUACUAUAUAUAUAUUUCAAUUAUUGCGUUCGUGUUGUAGGUUUUAUUGUUCAUCUAUACAUAUAUUUCAGUUUUCAUAUCUUUGACGAGUGAAAUAUUGAUAUAUAAUAUAUCAUGUUACUGGUGACUUA